AUGGCGGAAGCACCAAAGGCAGAACCAGUUGCAGAGGCCCCCCCGGCUCCAGCCCAGGAAGCAAAACCGGAGGAGCCGGCUGCUGAGGCCCCUAAGGCAGAGCCGGUCACAGGGGGGAGUACCGAAACAGCCGUAGAGGCACCGAAGACUGAGGAGCCAGUUGCCGAGGCACCAAAGGUUGAGGAGGCAGCCGCAAAGGCGCCCAAGACAGAGGAGCCAGCUGCCGAGGCACCAAAGGUCGAGGAGCCAGCUGCCGAAGCACCAAAGGCUGAAGAGGCAGCCGCCGAGGUGCCGAAGACUGAGGAGCCAGCUGCCGAGGCACCAAAGGUUGAGGAAGCAGCUGCAGAAGCACCGAAGACUGAGCAGCCAGCUGCCGAAGCACCAAAGGUCGAGGAACCAGCUGCCGAGGCACCAAAGGCUGAAGAGGCAGCCGCCAAGGUGCCGAAGACUGAGGAGCCAGCUGCCGAGGCACCAAAGACUGAAGAGGCAGCC